AUGAGCAAGAAAGGAAGAGGCCGUGUUAAGAGGAAGGAGGUGCAGAGUGAUGAUGGGUGGACCGUUAUUACUCAUGGCUUGGCGAGCAUCUCGCUUGAUGGGAAUGGGAAGAAGGAGGCAGAUGCUGGGUCCUUGCCUACGAAGAUAGUAGAGGGGUUGACGGCGGAGAAAUUAUUGGACGACUUUCGCCUCCUUCAAGAGCGAUGGGAAGAUACGCUGCUUGCAAAGCAAAUCAAAGAGAUUAUGGAGAAGAGGAGCGCUGAUGGCAAAUGGGGUGUUGAAGAAGCAGUAUGCAUUGGCAUCGGCAGUUUCAGUCGAGACUGGGCGCAUCGGUGGAGGAGUCUGUGGCAGCUUGUACUGUUGGUCGAUGUAGUCAACCGGCGUAUGCUAUUCAACCUUCACCCUUCGCAUCUGCCAGAGAUAACUAAUUUCCACGCAGUCAACGACGAAAACAAGGACACCAAGAUACAAUGUUUCGCGCAGGACCCAGCCUUCACACCUCUUGACAUCGAAUUGCUAUCCCAUCUCUCUAUUACAGUCCUCGAAUCCGAUCUCCAGGCCCGUAUCACGUCCAGAUCCUUCGUCUACUCGCCAUUCGUGGACUGGUUCCUUCUUCUACCAACUUUCCUCAAAUCGAAAGACCCGGUGCUGUACGUAGGCAACGAAAUGCUGGAUGAUUAUAGUGUAUAUGCGCAAACGAAGGAGAAGAAAGAGCGGCUAGAGGAGUGCAAUGAGGUGGGCAAAAAGUGGAUAGAGGGUAGAGAAAAGGUGGCGCUAAGAGAGUUUGAAAAGCAUGGGAAUGCGCUGAAUGGGAUGGUUGUUUAUUCGAGGAAGAGUGAUGAGGACACAGAGGAAGAGGAAGAUACAGAGGCGAAGCUUGGAGAAGAAGAUGACAAAGAGGCGACUCCCAAAGAAGAGAUCUAG